AUGCCGCGGCGCGGUUCACCUGAACGCCACCGACGGACGGGCCGUGGCCAGUUAAUCUAACCCACAACGCGCUGCGACACCGUUGUGCACAUGUUGUACCGCUGGUAGCGGUAUCGUGACGGGUUAAGUGGUCGCGGGAAGCUGCGGCUCGUCUCUCUCGGCUGCCGAUGGAGCACAUCCGACUACCAAAGGUGGAGAAUGUCAGGCUGCUCGACAGAGUCUCCCCCAAGAGGAGCAGGGUGGGCACCCUCUACCUGACGGCCACGCACUCCAUCUUCGUGGAGAAUGAGGCCGGAGUGCGCAAUGAAACAUGGGUGCUUCACAGUUUGGUGUUCAGCGUGGAGAAACAAGCCGCAACAGGCUCGGGGUGUGCUCUGCUCAUCCACUGUAAGAACUUCCAGGUUCUUCAUGUUGUCAUUCCCCAAGAGCGGGAAUGCCAUGAUGUUCAUCUGUCCCUGCAGCGUCUCUCCCAGCCAGAGAGCUACGCGGAGCUGUACUGCUUCUCCUACAAGCCUAACGUUGAUGAUGAGGAGAGACGGCGGGAAUGGGACUUCUUGGACCUCAAGGCCGAUUACAGCAGAAUGGGACUCCCAAACUCCCUGUGGAAACUCUCCUCCGUCAAUCAACACUACAAGGUGAGUGACACUUACCCGGCUGACCUCUUUGUACCUGAGUCUGCCACACCUCCGGUCAUCGUGGGGAGCUCCAAGUUCAGAAGCAGAGGCAGAUUUCCCACUCUGUCGUACUACUCCAAAGAAAAUCAUGCUGCCAUCUGCCGCAGCAGCCAGCCCCUGUCAGGUUUCAGCGCUCGCUGCCUGGAGGAUGAACAGAUGCUGGAGGCCAUCUUGAGGUCCAAUCCCCGCAGCGACUUCAUGUAUGUGGUGGACACCAGGCCUAAGCUGAAUGCGAUUGCAAACCGAGCUGCAGGAAAAGGCUACGAAAAUGAAGACAACUACUCCAACAUUAAAUUCCAGUUCAUCGGCAUCGAGAACAUCCACGUUAUGAGAAACAGCCAACAAAAAAUGCUAGAAGUCUGUGAGCUGCGUUCCCCCUCAAUGUCCGACUUCCUGGAGGGUCUAGAGAGCUCAGGCUGGCUGAAGCACAUCAAAGCUGUUUUGGAUGCAGGCAUCUUCAUCGCCAAGGCUGUUGCAGAGGAGGCUGUCAGUGUACUGGUUCACUGUUCAGACGGCUGGGACCGUACGGCCCAGGUGUGUUCAGUGGCCUGCGUGGUGCUGGAUCCCUACUACAGGACCCUCCGAGGAAUCAUGGUUCUCAUCGAAAGAGACUGGGUUUCAUUUGGACACAAGUUCUCUCACAGAUGCAACCACCUGGUCGGAGACCCUAAAGAGGUGUCUCCCAUCAUUGAUCAGUUCCUGGAGUGCGUGUGGCAGCUGAUGGAGCAGUUCCCCUGUGCCUUUGAGUUCAACGAGAGGCUCCUCAUCACCAUUCACAGCCACAUCUACUCCUGCCAGUAUGGCAACUUCAUUGGCAACAACCAGCGUGAGAGGAUGGAGCUGGGAGUGCGCGAGAGGACUCACUCUUUGUGGAGUUAUCUAUGGGCAAACCGUGCAGACUACAUCAACCCUCUGUACAGGCCAGACCACAGCCAGACUCAGGGGCUCCUCCGGCCAUCUACUGCCCCCUACUGCUUUAAAUUUUGGAGAGGCCUGUACAACCGUUUUGACCGAGGGAUGCAUCCGCGACAGUCUAUAGAGGAUUACCUGAGGGCCAUCCAAGAGGAGACGCAGCAGCUGGAGGAGCAGCUGGCCUCACACAAACAGAAAAUUGCUCAGCUGGAGCAGGAGCAGCGAUGGAGCGUCACCCAGAAAGCCACCACCUUUGAUAAGAGCCCCACAGCGUGGGCUCUUAGUAAUGACCUCACUGUGGCCAACACCCCUCAGGACUACACUGGGGGCUUCAUCGCCAGCAGCCCCUGUCAGCUGAAAGCACCAGACAGCAGCCUGAUCCUCCUGCCCCAAGACUUGAACCAAACAUCCGAAGCCAACCUCUCCAACGGCAGCGACCAGGAGUCAGGGAUCGCAGACCUGAGCUGUCGUUCACCUCUCAGCGAGGACAGCACCAGGGAUCCAGACUCGGAUGAGGCGGUCUACUCUGCUGCCUGAGCAAAUGUAGCGUGUGGUGGAGGCCACAGAAGCUUCACGGCCGCUGAACAAACACUACCUUUAUAUUAACCAAGUAACUCGCCUAUUGGCUAACCUAAGUGAAACGUCUUGCUCGGGUUACACGGCUGACCUGCACUUUUGUUUGCAUGUCGUGUGGUGGACUCUUCCUGGUCCCACAUACAUACUAGUUAAACUUUGUGUGUUGUAGCUGAGCACAUUUUGCUUCUUACCCAGUGAAAGAAGUUCUGAAAGUAACAGCAAUGUGAAUAUUGUGUCACUGUCAUGUCUGUUGUUUGACAGCAGAAUUAACCCAUAAUGCUGUACACAGAUAGUGACAAAAAAAA